GUUCUGAUCAGUCGCUAGCUUCGAACGCUCUUGCUCUCUGAUAUUUUUCAAACUUGUGUUUACAUUUUCUUCCGUACUUUUUGGAUUACUUCACACUUGAUAAUCAUGCCUUCUGAAAAAACAGUGACAAAGUCUAGCGAGACUCGACGGAGUACAAAACCUAUUAUGGAGAAACGUCGAAGGGCUCGAAUCAAUAACAGUUUAACGGAACUCAAGAAUCUCAUCUUGGAUGCAUUAAAAAAAGAUAAUGCUCGCCACUCUAAAUUAGAGAAAGCUGAUAUCCUGGAGAUGACAGUGAAACACUUGCAGAAUCUCCAAAUGCAGCAGAUGAACCCUGAUCCUGCCAUGAUUGCCAAAUUCCGUGCUGGAUUUGCUGAAUGCGCCAAUGAGGUCAAUAGAUUUAUGGGUAGAAUCGACGGUGUUGACCAUACCAUUCGUCAACGACUCAUGAACCACCUUGCAAACUGUCUCACCGGCAUGAACAACCCACCACCCAGUCCUCUUCCUCCAGUUCAUGUCCAAGUUGGAGCUUCCACCGAAUCUGACAACACCUCCACCAGACUGCUUGGCGGUGUCCAGCUUGUUCCAACCAGACUGCCCAGUGGUGACAUUGCAUUCCUUUUGCCUGCUCAAUUAUCUGUUUAUGCACCAUCCACAGUCCCCAUCAGUCCAGCCAGCUCCACAUCAUCCAUAUCUUCACCAAUGUCCACAACAUCAUCUCCAGGUCCUAUCAAUGUCCUAGGUUCAUCUGGUAUCCUUAGUCCUGCAUCAAGUGACCGAUGCAGUCCAAGUCCUCUAAUGCAUCAUCAUCAAAUGCAAAUGCCAGUUCAACAUUGCCCAGUUAUCGUUCCUGCUAUGAGCAUCAAGCAAGAAUCCAAGGCAGUUUGGAGGCCUUUCUAAAUUGGACUAUUUCAUCUAAAACCUUUAUUGUUUACCUUGCUGAACUGGACUAAUUCUCGAGAUUCCUACUUAUGAACUGUUAGAUUCAUAAAACCAUGAGUUCCUCUACAGAACGACCUAGUUGGGAAUUCUAAGACAUUUUUCUCUUUUACACCGAGAACUAUUCAACAAGGACUAAACGCACAAAUUGUAAAUAUUAUUGUAAAAAAUGUUAAUAUAUUAUAGAGCUUUAUCUUGCUAUAGGACAAUUACAUGUCCUAUUUUAUCUGUGAUAGAAUUCAAGCCGGUGCUAUGUUGAUCAUUUGUUGACAUCGAUAUCUGAUACUCAUUCAAAUUUUUGCAAUGCAAAAAAAUCUCCUUCCAUAUUUCGUCGGAGAAUAAAUAAGAUUUUAUUUAAAUAUGAAA